AUGGAUAUACUUUUUCAGAAGCGAGACAAUGAUCCCUCGCAGCGAAAUGGAUGCAGGAGAGCGUUUCAGCCAUCGCCGUCGUCUGCUGCAUCCAAUACUCCUUCCAGAACCAACUCUCCUUCUCCACCUGCUCCAAAACCACCACCUUCUAACGCAGCAGACUUUUCUCGGCGAUGUCUCGAUCGCAUGAACUAUUAUCGACGUUUGCACAAACGUCCCGACCUAAUUAUGACUGACACGCUCAUCGCCAGUGCUCAAGACUGGGCUAGUAAUUGUGAAUGGAGACACAACUUUGGUGGUCAAAAUCUCUAUUCUGGCAAAGAUCCCAGUUGUAUUGGUGCCGUGGAUAUGUGGUAUGAUGAGAUCAAGCUGCUGAGAACCAAUCCCGUCUACGUUUCAAGCGUCUUCACAUUUGCCGGCCAUUUUACUCAAAUAGUAUCCCCCAAUUCUAUCUACGCUGGCUGUGCAGUUGGAUGCAAGACUGUUUGCAACUUUUCUCCUCCUGGAAAUAUAGUUGGAUCAUGGAUGUCAUACUAA